AUGACAUCUCUACGGCCCCCACAGUCCGCACUGUAUCCAAUCAUUGCGCUGGACACCUUCCUGCAACAGCAACAACAACUAGGAGACGAAGAGUCCAAUGACACGGCCAUUCUCGAGCGAAAAAUGCUGACACUUCGCGUGGCCGACUCGUUGUUUGGAGCAUCUCUGUUGGAAGGUGCUCUGACCACGUUGGAAUCGGACUCGAUUACCGAAAUUCAAGCAGUCACUUCCCGACGACGCAUGUUUGUCUUGACCAAAAAGCAGCAACGACGACGAAGAUCCGAACAAGAAGAACCCAGCAAGUACUUUUGUCUCCUUCCGGUACCAGUAGUCAGCCCAAAGAAUGACAGCGUGACGAACAAGAGCAAGGGAUUUUUGUUUUGCAGUUGUCGGGCCUAUUUUGAAAAGACAAAGUCCACCACAAUGAACAGUCCCCAAGCUUCUACCUCCUACAUGGUCUGCAAACAUUUGCUGGCACUCAAGCUGCGGCCAGCUCUCCUGUCAUCCUCUGGUGAGGGUUGUCGGUACCAAAAGACCGAGACAGCUACGGAAGAACAGUUUAGUGAGCAAGUGUUGAAACUGUUAUUGGGUGGUGAUGGAGAAUGUAUUGGCAUACAGUAG